CUUUAUAAACUGGUGUGGAGAACAAGUUAGAGAAUCGUGUAACGAUCUUCGUAUAUCAACAUAAAUGUUGCAUAAGCUUCGAUACACAUUUAUUCAGUUUAUCGGAGGGAGCUUCGCGAGGUAGAGCGAAUAUUUAUCAGUACAAACAUAAGGAUAAAUAUUUUUGUUCAUAAAAGUAAAUAACAGUUAAAGCAAAUAUGAAGAAAACAAUUCUUCAAGAAUAUGACAAAGAGAAUCAAAAAGCUUUUGAUGAAGCGAAAACGUUGAUAACGUGGAACAAGUAUCUCAUGUCGGCUUUAGGCUUGUGGCCGAGCCAUCGCUAUGACUUCAUUUUCGUAAGUCUCUUUUGUUACUAUAUCUUCCAUUUUCUGCUGGAUUACGCAGCCUUCUACUUCGCACUAAGGAGUUUCAAUUUGAUAAAAAUAAUCGGUGCAACUAUGGAGAACGUAACUAUGGCGCAAAUUUUUUUGCGGCUAUACACGAUGAGGAGAUACAACAGGCAAUACGGAGAGAUUCUAGAGGAAUUUACUAGGGAUUUCUCAGUGAAAAAUUACAAAAGCGAAGAGGAAAGAAAUACAUUCUUGUCUUAUAAUUCGCGCUCGAAAUUUUUCAUUAAAAUUGUGGUCAUAUUCCUGGGGGUCACGGCUAUUCUGUACUUUACAAAACCUCUAAUACGACAAUUAAGUUUGUCGAAAAAUGUGAACACAACAAAAGCGUUCACUUAUGACCUGCCGUAUCGAAUACAUUUGCUGUACAAAAUAACAGAUAUUCAAACGUAUAUCGCCACAUACAUUUCUCGGAUUCCAAUUUUGUACAUUAUUGGGUUUACCCAAACUGCAAUGGAUUGCUUAACGUUAACCGUGAUAGCACACCUAUGUGGCCAAUUAGGAGUUCUUUCCAUUAGGAUUAGUAAUUUAGAUGUUGUUAACAAAUCCAACGAAUUGAAUGAAAUCAUUCAGAGGCAUCAAAAAUUAAUUAAAAUUGGAUUAAGACUUAGAAGAAUGUAUCGGCUCUGCUUACUUGGCCACUUCCUUGGGGCUACUAUAGCGAUUUGCAUUCUUGUUUAUCAAGUAUUAAUAAGCAUAGCUGCUGGACAAAAAACAAACUUGGUUACUUUCUUUGUUUUUGGUUUUCUCAACAUCUUUCGACUCUAUACGCAUUGUUGGGUAGGAGAAUAUCUGAUUCACGAGAGUAUCAACGUUUCUCAUGCCUAUUACCGUUGUAAGUGGUACAAAUUACCGUUGAAGGAUCAGAAAAGUUUCAUAAUUUGUAUCAAACGUUCGCAACAGCCUCUUUCUUUGAUGGCAGGGAAUUUCAGUCAUUACUCUUUAGUAAUGUUCACGAAUGUUAUGAAAUCAGCGAUGGCGUAUCUUUCUUUUUUACGUAAUUUUAUAUGAAUAUGUUUUUUCGUUAAUAAAAAUGCAAACGAUCCAAUGUCACAUACUUUUUGUAAGUUUUUGAAUAUCUUAUUAUUAAUAAACUAUGUAAAAAAAUAAAGCACUAUUAAUAAACUAUGUACAUACAUCGUGCA